AUGUCGGCAUCAGGAGCAGCCCUCAAGGAUUAUGCCCCCGCGGCGGCAUCCCUGUUCAACAAUAUGAAGACUCCCGCUAGUAUUUUAGCUGGAGCAAUGAUCGGAAUGGGCUUUCUUUCGCCUCUCCCGCAACCUCCACCACACAUCAAGGCGGUUGAACCACGCAAGAAAGGCAAGAAAGGAACUGAAGAGCCAGAACUGGCGACAAUCAUUCACAAGAGUUUGGAUCGCAUGCUGCGAAAGUCGUACCUGCUUGUGACCAUUUUCAGUUUCGGAAGUGAACUUUUGGCUGUAAUUUGGUCUACGGUGGCCGUCAACCAGCUGACGGAAACUGCUGUGGCACCUGCUGCCAGCGUUUGGGAGUUGCUCAAGAGAGACUGGUAUGAUUUGGCUUGGAGCGCCACCAACAGUCACUUUCUCUUUGGAAUGCUUGGAUUCAUGUGGAUGGUCGGAACGAGAGCCUUCUUGAUGGUGCAAGCGAAACCAUGGAACAUCAACCCUGUCCUCGCUGGUGAUGAAGCUGAUUCUCUAAGCAUGUCGGCGGCAUCCAUUCUGCUAGUUGCGUCCAGUUUCCUUCUCAUGAUGGCCAUUGUGAAUCGCGGUGUUGCAACUGGCGGAGGGCAAGUAGGGGAUAGUUACGGUGGAUCCGUCUUGUCACUCUUCCAACACUACAUCAAGUUGUUAUCCGAACAAGCAAUCGGUGCUGCCAUUGCUCCCGCGGGUCCUCUCGAAAUCUUGUCCAUUAUCUUCGGGGUGACAGGUUUUGCGAUGGCAGCAAAAGCAGUCUUCGUAGAACCUUAG